AUGAAGAACUUUGCGUCAAUUCACCCUGUGUCGAACCUGACCGUCUCCGAGAUCCAUAGAUCGGUGGAAUUCGUUCGCGCCCUGCAUCCUGGCGUGCCAAAUCUUGUCUUCAAGGUUGUCACCUUGAGGGAGCCCGACAAGACCGAACUCCAACACUAUUUCGAGGCUGAGGCCAGUGGCUCGGAUCUCCCCAAUAUCGAUCGCAGAAGUUUUGUCAAUUUCUACCAGAAGAACAGUAAUAUCCUGCACGAAGUCAUCAUCAACCUGACCAAGGGCGUUGUGGAAUCGGACACGGCACUUGAUGCCCUGUUCCACCCCAAUGGCGACUACCAAGAGGCAGACGAGGUCGCCGCGACAGCGAUGGCAGACCCAGGAGUGCGAGCGGAGAUAGCAAAACUGAAGCUGCCUGACCCAUCAUUGGUCGUCUGUGAGCCAUGGAUCUACGGGACGGACGGGAUCAACGACACACGCCGCCAAUACCAGUGUUUCUUGUUCUGCCGCCACUCCGACGCUCCUGAGGAGCUUGACUCGAACCACUACGCUUUCCCGCUCGCCAUCUCCCCGGUCGUCGAUGUGCAGACCCAAAAGGUCGUACGGAUCGAUAUCAUGCCCACGGGUGCCGAUAAUGAGAUCAAGCCCACAGGUCCGGCCAAGAUACCCCCUCGCAACGAGUAUCUCCCGGAGUUUCAAUCAUUACGACCCGACGUCAAGCCUCUUCAGGUGGUACAGCCCGAAGGGGCGGGCUUCAAAGUCAUCGAGGACUCCGAAACAGGCCGUCUGCUGCAAUGGCAGAAAUGGUCGUUCCGGCUUAGCUUUAACGGCAGGGAAGGGAUGGUCCUACACAACGUUCGCUACGAUGGACGGCCGCUGAUACACAGGCUGUCUCUAUCCGAUAUGAAUAUACCAUACGCCGAUCCUCGUCAUCCAUACCACAGAAAGGCAGCGUUUGACCUGGGAGACGCUGGGGCCGGCUACAUGGCGAACAACCUGAAGCUCGGCUGCGAUUGUCUCGGCUCCAUCUACUACCUUUCGGCGCCGCUGAGCAAUGCAGACGGAGACAUCAUCAACAUGGAAAACUGUGUUUGCAUCCACGAACAGGACAACGGGAUCGGAUGGAAACACACAAACUACCGCACCGGACGUGCUGUGGUGACUCGGAAUCGCGAGCUCGUCCUCCAGACCAUCUUGACGGUCGCCAACUACGAAUACAUCCUCGCCUUUAUCUUCAACCAGGCUGGCGAGAUCUGCUACGAGGUUCGAGCCACCGGGAUUCUAUCCACUCAACCGAUCGACGACGGCGUCGACGUAGACUGGGGCACUCUAGUCCAUCCCGGCGUGCUCGCCGCGCACCAUCAGCACUUCUUCUCCCUGCGCAUCGACCCUAUGAUCGACGGGCCGCAGAACACUCUGAUAAGCGAGGAGACGCAUCCGAUGCCCCGAUCGGAGCUAAACCCGCACGGCACGGGGUACUAUACGCGGCAAACCAGUCUCGAGACCUCGGGCGGGCUCGACCUCGACACCAGCAAGAACCGCGUCUUUAAAAUCUUGAAUACCAACGUCCACAACCCGGUCAACAAAAAGGCCGUCGGCUACAAGAUCAUGGUCCCGGACUUCCAGAAGAUCCUCGCGGACAAGGACUCGUAUCACUUCAAGCGUGCAGAGUUUGCCGACCACAACAUCUACCUGACCAAGUAUCGGCCGAACGAGUUGUUUUCUGGCGGCCAGUAUACGAAUCAAUCGCGCGGCGGCACCGGGGUGCGUUCGUGGGCGGACCGCAAAGACGCCGUUGCCAACGAGGAUAUCGUCGUCUGGGUCCAGUUUGGCAUCAACCACGUGCCGCGCAUCGAGGAUUUUCCUGUCAUGCCAUGUGAGGUGAUGAGAGUCAUGCUGAAGCCCGUCAACUUUUUCGAGAAGAACCCGGCCAUUGAUGUGCCUCCUUCGACUCAACAAGCCAAUAAAUCCACGCUCGUCAUGAUGAGCAACGGCCAUGAUGGUUUGAAUGGGACGACUGAUAUGAACGGAACAGCCAAAAAUGGUCACUGCAACAACUGCUAG